CUGCCUCCUAUGUACAAGAAUAUAACCGCACCCUUCUCCCCAGGACUCUACACUGAUCACCAUGGCUCGCAGUACUCGCACUGUAACGGUACACUAUGGAAUCCUCUGGGUAGUGGGAUGUCCUAUGAAGACUUUGAGUUCCCCAUCUUCCUCCUGCAGGAUGAGAAUGAGACGGAGGUCAUCAGGCAGUGUUACAGGGAGCACAACAUUCCUGGUAACGACUCUGCGCCCAGGUACCCGCUGUGCGCCAUGCAGCUGAUAUCUCCUAUGCAUGCCGUCACCAGCACCGUCACCUGCAUGAGGCGCAAUUCCAUCCAGAUGUCCUUCAGCAUGAACCCAGAAGUUGUGUGUGAUUCUCUCGCUGGACACAACGUCUGGAGCAGCAUCAGACCCAUCAACAUCUCGGGGAACCUGGAGCCAGAGGAUGAGGUGGUCGUGUCGGCCUCCAGGCUGGACGGCCGAUCCUUUUUCUGGAACCUGGCACCCGCGGCCGAGAGCACCGCCUCCAGCCUGGUGACCCAGCUGGCCGCCGCCGAGGCGAUCCACAAGGCGCCCGACUCCCAGUCGUUACCCAGGAAUAUCAUGUUUGCCUUCUUCCAAGGGGAAGUGUUUGAUUACAUCGGGAGCUCGCGGAUGGUGUACGACAUGGAGAAGGGGAAAUUUCCCGUUCGGCUGAGCAACAUUCACUCCUUCGUUGAGCUUAGUCAGGUGGCGCUGAGGAGCAACUCUGCUCUAUGGAUCCACACUGACCCAGUGUCUCGAGGCAACGAGACUGUGAACGCUGAGGUGGAGCAGCUGAUCGAGGUUCUGAAAAAUUCCAGCCAAGACACCAAUGUCACCCUGCAAGAAAUCAACCAGACCCAGGCCCUCCCUCCAGCCUCCUUCCAGCGGUUCCUGAGGGCCCGGAAUAUCCCGGGUGUGGUGCUGACCGACCACCGAACAGCGUACCACAACAAGUACUAUCACAGUAUGUAUGACACCGCCGCCAGCAUCAACGUGAACUACCCCAGCGGACUGUCUAGAGAGGAGGCCCUGGACCAUGUCACAGACACUGCUCAGGCUCUGUCAGAAGUGGCCACGCUGCUCGCGAGAACCCUGUACCUGCAGGCAGGUGGUAAGAACGCCACCGAGAUCAAGGCAGACGUUAAGACGGUGACUCGGAUGUUAUACGGGUUCCUGGUGAUGUCCAACAACAGCUGGUUUCAGUCCAUCAUUAAGUCCGACUGGAAAGGACAUCUGGCAGACAAACCCUCGGAGUAUUAUGUGACGGCCUCUUCUAUGGGAAGUAAGCAGUCUCCAAACCCCCCAACCAGCUUCCUCAUCUCCAUCCUCGCCAACCUCACCGGGCAAGUCGUAAAUUAUACCAAAGAGGAAUGCCUGAGCCCAGACAAAGCUACAGAUUCUAAGAAGGAGUUGUAUGAAUACUUAUGGGUGCAGGGUCCACUGGUUGAUAAUUCAACUACCCGGUCCCCCUACUGUGUGCGCAGCACCCUUCGUAGCCUCGUGGCCGAGUCUCCCGCCUUUGAAUUGAACGAGUAUGAUUCCACAGAAUAUUCCACCUGGACGGAAAGCCGCUGGAAGGAAAUCCGGGCCCGCAUAUUCCUUGUGCCCAGUCACGAGCUAGAGGUGAUCACGCUCGUUGUGGGCAUAGUCGUCAUCCUUGCGUCUUUCGGAGCAACCUACUUCAUUAACUCCAAGGCAGACAUACUGUUCAGGCAGCACACAAGAUAGCGGUUCUGUGGCCUACUAGACUCUGCUGCCCCCUGCUGGAUGGAGGACUGUGACACCUGCUGCUUGCACUGGUUGGGUGGGAAUGCCCAUGCUGCUUUCAUUAUGGAUCCACACUGGAAGAGACUUCAAUUUUCUUCUCCUUCAAUUCAAGUAGCGUCCAUGACAAGGAGGACAGAUCCUUACCCCACUGAUAGGAGAAAGUGCCACGUGAUGGCAGCAAGUUUCCAAGACUGAGUCCAGAGCUCUGGGACCAAACUCAUCCUCUGUCUUUACCAUGCAGCUCCCAAAAGGUUAAUCAUUUUCCUUACUUCCAAAAUUGAUAGCGGCCGAUUCCUCCCAAUUUAAUUACUGAUUGUUUCCCAAUUCAGCCGAAAACCUGAGAUCAGACCGCUCCACAGUGUUGUGCUGCCUACUAACCAAUGGAAAGGCUGGUUGUAGGGGAGUACUACUUGUCAACCAAUGGAAAGUCUCAUCCGUAGUGGUGUGCUGCCAACCAACCAAUGAAAAGACUGGUUAGUAGGGGGCGUGCUGCCAACUUGCCAAUGGAAAGACUGUGUGGUAGGGGUGUGCUGCCAACUGACCGAUGGAAAGACUGCUGGAGGGGGAGGGGGGGGGAAUGCUUACUACUGACCAAUCGUAAGACUGGUUGGUAAUUUUUCAGAUUUUCCAUUUCCUUGCAUAUAAUUUUCUGUAAAAUUUAGACAUUUCCAUGGAAUUAUAUGUCCCCAGUAGACUUUUGAUGAACCACUGUAAGUUUUAUAUGUUGUUGACCCUUUCCCCAAAUGUAAUAAAAGGACUAAAAAAGC